UAGUAGUCUAGUCGGAUGCCCAUACUACUACACUACACUACAUGCCUCCUCCUCCUCCUCCCCCCCUCGUCCAGCCAACAUCCAGCCCAGCCCGCGGCGCACGGGGCCCCCAUGGUGGCUUCACCAAGCCCUUCCGUGUGCAUUGCCGUAAUUUACUCGUCCAGAAAGCCCUCCGCUCGCGCGCUAUGCCGUCUUGGUCGCCAGGCAAUCGCAUGGCGCCUACCGUGUGCGUUGGCUCCUCAAUGCGAAAUGACAUAUGCCGGCCAGGACCCCGUUUCCACUCGUCGACCGAUGCUGGCUGCGCUGACGGCCCUGGUCCGCUGCCCUGCACUGCACUGCACUGCACUGCACUCGCUCCCAUUCCACGCGACAGACGACGUCUCUGCCCGCUUGUCUUGCCCUGUCCAUGUAGCAACCCCUCCCUGACCUGCUGCUAUUGCUGCUAUUCUGCUGCUGCUUCUGCCGCCAGCACUCCCCUGCGUUUGCGUGCCGGAUCGGAGACGAGGUUCCACCCCGCCAAUUCGCCUCGUCGCCAUGCCUGCCUGCCUGUGCCCGCCCACCCACCAAUCCCACAGCCGGCCGUUGGCGCCCUCUCGCUUGCCCCUAGCCAGCCUCGCUGCCUGCCCGCUACCCGCUUACUCGGAAUGACCUUAAUGCUCAACGUUAUCCCAUCACCUGUCAACCCGAGAUUGACGACUGUGCUUUAGUGGGCGUUUGCCCGACGACUGAGCUGCACAGUCCAUAAAAAAA